AUGAAUAUGCCAAAGUUCCUCAGUGGAGCUCUCAAGUAUAUGGACUUCAAGCAGGUAUUCUUUGAAAUAGAACAUAGCCUGCUCAGCAGUGUCUCCUGCACAGCCUGCAAGGCAGGAGUUGGCCUUCUCCAACACUAUAUCAAGACAGGGAAGACUAACUUGGAAAUAGCUCAUGCAGCCAUUAAGUUGUGCCUUAGUCUGAAGAUUGAAACAAAACGCGUCUGCGUGGGAAUCAUCAGCCUCUUUGCUGAUGAGGUCAUAUACAUAAUGGAGCGAUUGAUUUUGGAGCCAGAAGAGGUGUGUGGUAUUAUUGUUGGAGAUGGGUGUGAGGUUCCAUACAUUCCAUGGCAUGACUGGAAUAUCACAUUUCCUCCCAUACCAAAGCCACCUGCUGACCCUCUUACAACAACAAUGAGCAGCCCUCCUGUGCUGAAGGUUUUGCAUCUGUCAGACAACCACUUUGAUCCACAUUAUGCUCCUGGAGCAAAUGCUGAUUGUGGAGAGCCCCUUUGCUGCCGAAUCACUGAUGGACCUCCAGAGAACCCUAAGGCUGCAGCUGGACCUUGGGGUGACUAUCGCAAAUGUGACACGCCACUCCAAACUAUGGAGAACAUGUAUCAGCACAUUGCAUACACUCAUCCGGAUAUAGAUUAUAUUUACUGGACAGGGGAUAUUCCACCUCAUGAUGUUUGGAAUCAGACUCAUGAAGAACAACUUCAUGUCAUUCAGCUAACUGUGAAGCAGCUUUUGGACUUUUUCCCACACACUCCCAUUUUACCUGCUUUGGGCAAUCAUGAAAGCGCACCUGUCAACAGCUUUCCCCCUCCAAAUGUGAAGAAUCACUUCUCAAUUCAGUGGUUGUAUGAUGAACUUGAUCGACAAUGGAGGAGAUGGUUGCCUGAUUCUGCCUCACAGACAGUUCGAUAUGGUGCCUAUUAUGCUGUUCCACUCAGAAAGGGACUCAAAGUCAUAUCUCUCAACAUGAACUACUGUCACAAUAAGAACUGGUGGCUGCUCCUGAAUACGACUGACCCAGCCCAAGAGCUCCAGUGGCUUGUCUAUGAAUUGCAGGCUGCAGAACUGAAUGGAGAAAAAGUUCAUAUUCUUGGCCAUAUUCCACCUGGCCAUUCAGAUUGCUUGAAGACUUGGUCCCAGAAUUAUUACCGCAUCAUCAACAGAUAUGAGAACACUGUUGUGGCUCAGUUCUUUGGCCACACUCAUUUUGAUGAGUUUCAGUUGUUCUAUGAUGAAGCACAGCCAACUAGAGCUGUGAGUGUGGCGUAUAUUGGCCCUAGUGUCACUCCAUAUUACAACUUGAAUCCUGGCUAUCGAGUAUACACCAUCGAGGGUGACUACAAAGGCUCUUCCUAUGCUGUGAUGGAUCAUGAGAACUGGUACCUGGACCUGAAGGAAGCCAACCAUUACAACCAUCCACGGUGGAGGCUCCUCUACUCAGCUAAAUCAUCUUAUGGAAUGCGCUCUCUCUCCCCCCAAGAAUGGGAUUAUCUUGUUCAUAAACUUAGCUUCAAUGACAACCUCUUCCAGCAGUACUACAAGUACUACUGGAAGGCUUCACCACUCCGCCCUAAGUGUGAUGAAGAGUGCAAAAAGCGACUUCUCUGUGACCUUGUCUCAGGUCGGUCAAAUGAUCGCAAGAACACCUGUGUCAAGAUUGAGCAACGAAUGAGUGAACAGGAAAGCUCUUGGCGGUCAUGGCUUGUAAAUGGACUCACCAUUACCGGAGCAUUCCUGCUCUUCCUUCCACUUGGGUUCCAGAUUCCCAGUGUAUUUGGAUGAGGAGAGCCGUUGACAUGAUUGCUGCUGUUCUGUUGGAUUUGCUUUGUUGUUGCAUUGCAGAGAGUCUUUCUCACUCUGCUAAGGUUCCAUUCCAAAGUUGUUGUCUUGUAGUGUCCAGCUGGGCUGACACCAAUCUUAUAUGGUUGCUUCAGGAUUUUCUACCUUAAGUGAUGAAUGGGUUUGUAUUCAUAUUCUGGCCAUGAUAAUCAAACCAUUCUCAACCCAUUGACGAUAUGUGAUGAAAUCCCAGGCAGUGAUAUAACUUAUUCAUGUGCUUAUAUGGCAAGAGCACAAUUGUCUUCCCAAUUAGUUUUUGGUGGUGCUGUCUCCCCCAGCAUUUUCCUUAUCCCCAUUUGUCUUGAUACCUGGACCAGAAGCAUUUCAUAUUUCUCAAGCACUUCACUCUUUUUUGCCUUUGGUUUUUUUUCAUGGGUGUUUUCUCAAAAGGGCUCAAGGACUACAUGACUUAGGGUAGAAGUUGAGAGUUUGUGUAGCUUUUUCAGCAGGAACAGCUCCCAUAGUACAAAAGACAAAAGAGUCAGAUAGUUCUACUUCUUGUGCUUUUAUCUGCAUAUGUCUUUUACAGGAUGAGAAGGAUGACAGAAACUCGGAAUGUGACGAAGUGAGAAGUUGAAUCUUUGAUCAUUGCUCUGUAAUGAUCAUGUUGUCUGUUGUGUAUGUUGAGAGGAUAGUGUUGAGUGUUGCAGAGCUUGCUUCCAUAACUUGCAUUAUGGAGUGAAGGAUUUCCUAUUCUCUUUGUUUUACCAUAUUUUGUCAUUGAUGACUGCAGCAAACUCAUUUCUCUGCAGGUUGUUAUGAACUUAUGAUGAAUAAGUUAUUGGAGAAUGGAAUUACUUGUGGUUGAUGCUGUUGCAUCUUUGUUAUGAUCAGUGUUGGGGAAGUCACUUUCAAAUUGUUAUUUGUCACUAGCAAAUGUUACUUCUCAAGGAAAGUAAUUGGAAAUAUUACAGUUACUUUUACACCCUUUGAGAAUUGUUUGGGAGCAUUAUUGCCUUACAAGCUAUUGCUGUUUGCCAUCAUGAAGGCCUGUGGAGUUUGCAAGAUUUUAAAAGAAGAGAGGGAUACUUGAUUUCCCAUCAUGGCUAAGUGCAAUAUACACUUUUGAUUUCAAGUAAUUUGCUAGUAUAAAAAAAAAAUUAAUAAGAACGCUGCAAGUACUGUUUUUAUGUCUAUAACUUGUACAGGGUUUCUUUAUGUAUUGAAAAAAGUUGCACUUUACUCAGUUACUUUCCAACACUGGUUAUGAUGUUGUUAUGUUAUGGGUGUGAUGUUUAGACAAGCUGAGACUUCCUGCAGGCCUUGCUUUCAAGUAAAGUCUUUAUAAAUAUCA